AUGGCGACGACUUCGACCACGGGCGUCCGUGCGAGGGCGUCGCGCGCGCGGUGGACGACGCGAUCGACGCGGGCGCGCGUUCGAGGGGACGCCCAGCGCGCGCGUGCGUCGAGGGAGGCGUACGAUGGGUUGUGGAUGUGGCUCGAGCGACGCGGCGCGGACGUCUCGCGCGUCGUCGCGGAUGCGGUGACGACGGACGCGAACGAUUCGGAACGUGCGCAGUUUGGCGUGCGCGCGAAGACGACGCUCCGUCGAGGGACGCGGGCGAUGGUGAUUCCGAGAGAGGUGUGGAUGGAUGCGACGCGGGCGACGGAGGACGCGGACGUCGGCGCGGCGUUGCGGGACGCGCGGUACGAUGCGGUGAAACAACCGUGGGUGCGAGUGGCGCUGUUGCUGUUGAAGGAACGUGAACGUGGGGCGGAUGGGGAAUUCGCGGCGUACGUGGCGACGCUGCCGAAGACGCUGGACUCGCCGUUGUUUUGGAGCGCGGAUGAGUUGCGGGACAUCGCGGGGACGCAGUUAUUGGAUAACGCCGCCGGGUACGACGCGUACGUGCGAGCGGUGUACGAAGAAUUGAAAAAUGGAGUGUUCGUUGAGUACGCGUCGACGUUUGACGUCGACGGUGCGUUCGAUGAGGCGAGCUUUCGAUGGGCGUUUGGAAUCUUGCGCUCGCGAACGAUGGCGCCCCUCGACGGCGCGAACGUCGCCCUCGUUCCGGGUUUGGAUUUAAUCAAUCACAGCUCGCUGAGCGGGGCGAGAUGGCGCGUGGGCGGGGGCGGGGGGAUGGGGGGAUUGUUCGGCGGCGGUUCCGGCUCUGGCGUCGCCGCCUACGUCGAGUGCGAUCGAGACUACGACGAGGGCGCCGAGAUCUUCGUCAACUACGAUCCGGAGGGGAUCGAUUCGAAAUUCGCGCUCGAUUACGGUUUCAUUGAUGUGGUGAAUCCCUCACCCGGGUACGCGCUCACGCUCUCCAUUCCCGAGGACGACGCCAACCUGUUCGACAAACUUGAUGUUCUGGAGACGCAAGGGCUUCCAGAGGCGCCGACGUUCACGUUGAGGCCGUACAGCGAUCCCGAUCGCGAAUUACGAACGUUCUUGCGUCUGUUACACUGCAAAGACACCGACGCCUUCCUGUUAGAGGCGCUGUUCCGCCAGCAGUGCUGGUCGCUCAUCUCCGAGCCGCUUUCUCGGGAGAACGAAGCCGAUUGCUGCGCCUCCAUCACCCGAGGCGUCGCCGACGCGCUCUCGGCGUACGAAACCAGGAGUUUAGACCAAGAGAAAGCGUUUCUCACCACGCCACCGAACGAGCGUCAAGGCGGGAUUCGUCAAGAAAUCGCCGUUCGCGCGCGUCUGAGCGAGAAAUCCGCCCUGUUAGAGGCGAGCGCCUUUUUCGACGUCGUCGCGAGCUCUCUGGACAAGCUCGAGUACUACCAAGAGCGACGCCUUCGAUCGUUAAACUUACUCAACGACGACGGUUCGAGCACGUACGACCCGUUCAACGAAACCAUGGCGUAG